CGACUGAUCAUAACUAUUAAUAUUGCACAUCUAAAUGAAGAAAUACAUUCCUUCGGCUUCGGAUGAAUUAACGUGUACACGAGUAAUAUUAAGCGUGAACAAUGACGUAACGUUGAAGUCGUGACGCUCGACCCUCUGUGGCUCGCGAUCACACAACAAACAGCGCCUCUCUCCGCCCACAGCAUUAAACUGUAUCGUACUCGCCGUUGGAAUCAAAUAUGAGGUGACACCGACUUAAAAAAACAAACAAAGUAAUGUGUCUGAAUGUAUAAGAAGCCAGAAUCUUCAUAACAGGAUUUGUUUUAUUCACAUAACCGUACGUGGGACUCCCAUCACACACCGUCGAGUGCACAGCUAACCCUGCUAGCCGCUUUAUUCACAUAUAUUAUUUUUCACAUAGGAGAGGCGGGGAAUCCAAAGCCUAAACGAGCCUUUUGAAUGCAUUCAAUCAACACUAACGUUUCAUUUCAUAGUCGCCUUAACUCAGAAUUUCUGCUUUCCGGGGAUAACAGCAAGAAGCUACCGAGGAAUUACAUGGAUUAUCUGUGUUUCAGGACGUUUUGCUGUAAAGGACCUCCACCUCCCAGACCAGAGUAUGACGUGGUUUGCAUCGGUCUGACAGGCUCUGGGAAGACCAGUCUGCUCUCCAGACUUUGCAGUGAGGCAACAGACAGCAUCGUCCCUACCACAGGUUUUAGCAUUAAAGCUGUGCCGUUCCAGAAUGCCAUUUUAAAUGUCAAGGAACUCGGAGGAGCGGACUCAAUUAAAAAGUACUGGAGCCGGUACUACCAGGGCUCUCAGGGGGUGGUGUUUGUUUUGGACAGUGCUUCGUCAGAGGAGGAUCUGGAGGUGGGACGUACAGAACUCCAUUCGGCCCUGCAGCAUCCUCAGCUUUGCAGGCUUCCCUUCCUCAUACUGGCCAACCACCAGGACAAACCUGCUGCCCGCUCUGUAGAAGAGAUAAAGAAAUACUUUGAGCUGGAGCCACUGGCACGAGGCAAACGCUGGAUUCUGGAGGGCAGCGCUGUGGACAACAUGGAUGCAGUAAAAGAGAGCUUCACUCAGCUCAUUAAUCUGCUCGAGGAGAAGGAGCAGGAAACGGGCAGGAUAUGACCAAGGGAAACCAUUCCUUCAUCCAUCAGACACUAGCGAUCGCCAACUCACCACUGGCCAGCACAGCCCAGUUCACCAUGGCCACUGUGCCAACUACAUUGUUACUCCUUACUCUGUUACUGUGAUGUAACAUGAGCCAUGGAAAAAUGGACUUUGCCACUAUUAGUAAUCCUUACAUGUAAGGAUACAUAUCUGCAGAGAAAUGCAAACUUAAGAACCUCUGAAGUUUGAUACCUUCUCCAGACCACAUGUAUUAACAGAGAACAAACAUUCAACACACAAUUACAUUUGUCAAUUAAUAUGGUUCUAUCUGUCCUCUUUAAUACAGACCUAGUUGCACAUUGCUACUAAAUGGAUAAUGUAAUCACAUACUUGGUCACGUAGGGCAACUGGAAGUCAUGUUUUUGUAGUGUGUAGUUUGUUUUUCUUAGCACAGUGUGGCGUGAAUGAUCGUGCAAAUGAGUGUUUGCAAGCGAGAGAUGCCAGUUUGUACUUCAAAGUCUUACAAUGAGUGCUAAUGGAUUUUUAAAACAAACGUAUUAAUGUGUUCUCACAAACAACUGUCAUUAGAUGUAAUUUAAAUAGGCAGUCUUAAACGUUUGUGGCUGUAAAGUGAAAUGUGAAUUAUGACUGAUUCCAAAAAUCACAAUGAUAUGAAAUUAUUCUUCUCUACCUUUAUAGGGUGAAUUAUAAAGACACAUUCAUGAAGUUAUUCAGGAUUUUAUCAUUUUUAAAAGAUUAGGGAGCCUUGUUGAGGGCAAAAGGAUGUUUUCAUAAAGUAUUAUUUCAAACCAGAACAUAUCAAGGAUUUUGCUCAAUUAUAUCUCUAUCUUGGUUGGUGACGGUUGACAAUACCCUACAAAAUUAUUGAACUGGUAAACAACUUAUACAAUCUUCACCAGGUGGACUGGGAUAGAGCCUUAAACUUUGUUGGAUAUUGUAUUUCAUUUGUUUGUUUUUUAUUCUUUUUAAUUUCUUUUGGCCAGAAUGUAAAACACUCUUUGUAUAAGUGCUCCUCCUAUUGUCUAAUGGCCUCCUGUUUAGAUGGCGUAUAGUGUAUGCUUUUGUUCUCCCGAUUUCUGUUUUUACACCCAUACCAUCUCCAGAGAUCUAAACAGAGAAAGCUCAGUCUGAGUGUUACUCAUGUGAUGCAGCCAGGCUUCCAAAAGCAAAUUCCCUUGAAAAAUGACCACCACCUGGAUUUGCAUAGUCAUUGUAGAACUUGCGCAACAACGUCUUUUGUUUUAUUUAUAUCUACAAAUGUUAUACCCACCAAACCAAUUCAGCUGCCUUUUUGUAAUUCAGAUAAUUUUACAUUUGUUACAGAUUUUGUCUUGUUCUUAGGAAAGGACAUGUGCUUGUCUGUUCUGGAAGAGAGGAAAAAAUGUCUUGGUGGACUUUUGAGCAGUUUAUCAUGGUUGGCGUCAAGUCAUUCACAUGUUUGACAGUGUUUAUGUAUGCAUACGUAUUUAUACAUCAUUUCCACUGAGUAACUUGUAAAAUAAAGGCUGAAGAAGGA